AUGGCUGCAAGAGUUAUGACCAACUACAAUGCUCCGUACGACCCAAGGGAGUGGGUGGGAGGAAGUCGACGAGCGUCGAUGGUGCUGGAUGGUCGAUCCUCUGGGGCACAAGCGGAAGAUGGGAUACCCAAUCCUCCUCCGCCGUACUCUGCCCCCUCUGCUGCUCUUCGCGAGGCAACAAGUGCUGGCUCAACCGUCUCGCCCACCGACUCGACUUUCACUGCUGGCAACCAUACGCAGUCGAACACGCCAACGAGCACAGUUGGGAUCUUGUCACCAACGAACCAGACAUCAGUGGCUGAUAGCGGUCAAAAUCCAGUUGAUCCCAGCGGACCGCCGUACUUCAGCUUGCCCCCGGGGCGAGGCGGCGGUUUUGAUCCUCGGCCGAGCCGACUCAGUAUUUCUUCACAGCACCAUGGAUCACGACCAGGAUCUGCCUUGAGCAUGACCAGACCUGUAAACGUGACUGGUCUUUCGAUUAAUACGGCAGCGGCGCAACAAAGCAUGGCCCAACCUCCGCAGAUAGAGCCGAGCCAGGGACCGCUUCCGGCACCACCAGCUUCAAGAAGAGCCGCUUCAGCUGGCCCUAUUUCUUCUCAUGGCGCCGGCAAUGACAAGCACGAUGGCUCCUCUUCGAGAUCAUCCUCAAAGCAGAGGAGUUGGUAUCCAGGGAUGCCUCUGCCAGGCCCACCCCCUGGCCCACCUCCGUCGUCUUCGAGAUCACACAGUACCGGCGGGGCUCGAAAUCUGGCGCAGCCACAAGCUGCUGGACCUAGCGGUCGACCAAGUCAUCGCAUACCGUUGCGGGCCCCACUGCUCAGUCCAAUGCCUCCGACGCCUGCAAAUUGGAGAGACCAGUCCGGGUCGCGAUCGAACUCUAGAGCACCGUUACCAUUACAUAUCGAAACUAUCAACCUUGAUCCGCCAGGGUCUCAUCCUGCGGGGCUGAGUAGAAGCGCUGCUCUUCGAGUCUCCUCAGCCAAGGGCCUGCUCGAACGCCGAAAACAGCGCCGAAGUUUGCAUGAAGGUCAAGUAGCAGAUCUGAGUGCUUUGACUAUUGAUACCGACCCGUGGUUUGAUGGUAUGAGUCCGACAGCCGCCAGCCCCGAACACUCGCCCACACUCGAACCCCUCGUUCCUGACCAAGUCAGCCCCGAAACUGCCCGACGUGGCUUGCGCACGAACAGCAGGUCUCGAUCUCGUUAUGGAAGCUAUGAUAACGCACCUACGCCCAUAGAUUCACCAUAUCCUCCAGGCUUGUCGAGACGGAAUAGCCACACGCCUCUUGUGCCAUCGAAGGCAUUGCCAACCCCCCCAUUGAGUCAGAAAAACCCUGCAUCUGCCCACAGUGUCCGGCCGUCGACUGCCUCUUCGGUCUCGGAACUCGGUCGUGGUGAAUAUGAUGCGUUCAUGCAGGACGCAUCUAGAAGACAUCAUGAGUUUCUGCUUCAAGAGUGUCAAGCCAACAGCGAGCUCGAAAGGUUGCAGAUCUUUAUGCAGUACGUGAUCGAAGAGUCGAACAUUCGACGGGGACAAUGCCCAGGCCCGUUCGUUGAUGGUACUUUCAAUGCAGACGAGGCCAGACAGCGUCUAUUUCGGGAUAGCACGAACAGGCAACCUGCCACCAGACAGUCGCCUAUGCAUGCAAUCAGAAUCGACCCCCCUCAACGCUCAGACACGCUGUGGUCUAAGGAGUAUCACCCCGAACUCUCUCCAAUCGCCAGCAUGAGUAACGAUGAUUUGAGUUCUCGUGGAAGGACGGCAAGUCGGUGGUGGCAAUCACAAACAGGCUCCGAAGCCGACGGUGCGCCUACCAAAAUGAAGAGAUCUAAACGGGAAUCGAAAUAUAUGGGUCUUUCAACGCUUUCAAUGCAUGAAGUGCUGUCUGAAGCCGCAACGCCAACAAACAUCAAUGGGGUAUACGGCUCAGCAGAGGGCUAUCCGCCGGAAAAGUCGGACCCACAGAGUUUCGGUGUCUACGACGAUGGGGAGCCGAUACCAAUACCUGAUGACACGCCAGUGAACCCCUUGACGCCGAUGGGUUUUGACAUCUCAAGAUUCAUUACUUUGCCGCCACCGUAUCCGAGGCACUACCCCGCGGUGAACAACAACCACCCUAAGUUGGCCGUAUACCGAAAUCUUGUCCGACUGUUGAGUGAUUUGAGUGAGCUGAAAGACAGGAGGUCGAGACACAACCUGAGCGUGGAAGCCCUCCGAACAGAACACAAGCGGAAAAUCUCUGACGGACAGAAGAACUUCAGGGCCAAUAUCUCGGCGCAGAUAAAUGAUGGCAGCAUUACCUACACCGAAGCGGCAGAAGCCGAACAGGUUCUCCGGUUGCAGGAGAAUGAAGCCGAGAAGACGUGCCUGAAGGCAGAGUUCGACACGUUGCAGGAUGUGGUAAUUAAUCCAAUGCAUGAGAUGUUGAACGACAGAGUUGCCCAGCUGACGACGCAUAUCAACGGAUUGACGGAACAACUCAUGGCGGAAACAAGCGCUCAGAAUCUUGACCGACCACAACAGGAAGGCGAUGCAGUACCCGAGAUCCUGGAAUAUCUGACACAGCUCAAGUGGUUGUUCGAGACUCGUGAAACCAUCUACAAGGACAUCUUCGACCUUCUCACGGAGCGGAAUGACAAAUACAAGGCCAUUGUGCUUCUUCCCUAUCAUCAAAACAGCAAUUUGGACAAGAUUCGCGAUACCGAAAGCUUCUUCGCGCGUGAUAACCUCCAGCGGCGCAAAGAAUUCUACGACGAAGCAUUGGUCCGCUAUCAAAAGUUUUCGGAAUUAGUUGCAGAAAACGUUGGUGGAGAAGUAGAACUUCAAUCGUCCGCCUUCUGGGACAUUGCUCCUGGACUCUUGGACGUGAUCCAAAGAAUACCGGAUGACCUGGACGAGUUAGGACCGAUCGCCAUCCCGGAUGCCGAGUACGUGGAGAACCCAGCGUAUCGCGAUUUCCCGCAACAAUAUCUGUACACCCUGCUCGACCAUGCGGAAAAGUCGACGUAUCAAUUCAUCGAGUCGCAGACCAAUCUUCACUGUCUCGUGCAUGAGGUGAAGGUCGGUCUCCUCGCAGCCAGAUGCCGCGCUGUCGAAGCGGGCAGAGCGCGUGCUGACCUGGACGGCCCAGUGUCCGGGGACCACGCCGAGGACGUGCGACGCGAGCAAGAGACGGCAGCAACUGCGGAACUGAAGCAGCAAGUGGCGAUGAUCGAAGAGCAAUGGCUCGAAGCACUAGGCAGUGCGCUCCAAGGCAAGAAAGCGCAGGUCAGGAGGUACUUGGAAAACAUUGGUGGUUGGGACGAAUCUAUACAAGAAUAG